AUGCGACCGAUGACGACCCAUUCGCAGCUUGGCACUGGCACCCUCGCCCUCGGGAGGGUUUUCGUUGUCCAUGAGGCCGGAUCCUGGAAGACUCCGGGCCACGCAAGCGGCUGUGAAAAGGAUGGUGCUGCUGUCAGUUCCACUGUUGCUGCGGCUUGGCGCUGGCGACGCGAAAUAAAAUGCCUGGCAUGUCUCUGCAUUUGUCUGGUGCUGUGGAUUUAUGCAUUGACUGAGGCUUUGGGUCGGUGUGCUAGAUCUAUGCAGCGGCAGAUGGCUCCAACUCCCGAUCGGAUGUUGCGAUUCACCAAGAAUGGAACGUUCCAGAUAAGCGUCUUUGAGGACCUGCAUUUUGCUGAAAAUUCAGAUAAAGAUGUCCUCUCGCAGCGUGUUAUGAAAAGUGUUCUCUCCACAGAGAGCCCGCAGCUUGUGGUCAUAAACGGGGACUUGGUCUCUGGAGAACAAACCUCUAGCUCCAAUUCUUAUACAUAUCUUCACCAAGUUGUCUCUCCCUUGGUUGAUAGAGGCCUCUUGUGGGCAUCAACUUACGGAAACCAUGAUAGCAACCCAAAUCUAGAUCCAUGGCAAGAUAUAUUUGUCCAGGAAAAACAAUACACAAAUAGUCUGACACAAAGCAUGGUCUCACACCCAGACGCUGGGGUUACAAACUAUUACUUGCCGGUAUAUUCAUCUGAAACGGAGGUCCCUGCCCUUAUAUUGUGGUUCUUUGAUUCAAAAGGAGGACGCGUGCCUAGUAACAGAAUAUCGAAACGUGAUACCAAUAGGCCUGACUGGGUCGACCAAUCGGUGGUUGACUGGUUUAAUGAAACGAAUUCCGAUCUUAGAGACAAGUAUGGUAGAGUAGUUCCGUCGUUAGCAUUCUACCACAUACCCGCGGAUGCGAUGCGUGCAUACCAAGACGACGGCGUGAACCCACACACAGCACCUGGUAUCAAUGGAGAAACAGUCGUCCAGCAAGGAUCUGGAGAUACUUCUUACACUGGUCAGGAUACGGAAUUCAUGCGAGCUCUCUUGAACACCGCAGGCCUCAUGGCUACGUUCAGCGGACAUGACCAUGACAAUGACUGGUGCUUUAAAUGGGAUGGUAACACCACUGCCCAAAACCUGUCUGGUAAUGGACUGAACAUGUGCUAUGGCCGACAUACUGGCUAUGGCGGAUAUGGCGAUGCUUCUCGCGGUGGAAGACAAAUUGUUCUCAACGAGAAGACCGUGCAAGACGAAGUUGAGACUUGGAUUUUAUUGGAAGAUGGUACAAUCUCAGCACAUGUUACCUUGAAUGCAACGUAUGGACAGGACAGGUAUUCACCUGGUAUUAAGCGAGCAGCAGGAGUUUUGGACAGUGCAGCUCCUCACCUCAAUUCCCCAGAGCCUCUAUUGUUCAUGACGUAUCUUUGGUUUCCCAUUUUUAUGCUUUUCUACUUGAAACACUGA